CCCGGCUGCGCUCCAUUCCCUUCCAGCUUAUGAUUUCUCCAUUUUUUUGUUUCUAUUUUGUUUUGUGACAGCCACCUGAAGUAAAGAUGGCUCCAGAGAAGGAAAGUAAUGGGCUUGACAACUACACAUUUGCACUUGAAGGGCGCUUCUCUGACCUACCUGAAACAAAACAUGGAGAUGAAGACAGUGACACUUCCAUGGACGAAGAGGGCAGCAAGUGGGCUUACUGCGUAACAGACGUACCACCUUGGUACUUGUGUAUCCUUCUUGGUAUUCAACACUGCUUGACGGCAUUUGGAGGUAUUAUUGCCAUCCCAUUGAUCCUCUCGCAAGGCUUGUGUCUUCAACACGACGGCCUCACACAGAGUCACCUCAUUAGCACCAUCUUCUUCGUGUCUGGAAUCUGCACUCUUCUGCAAGUCACAUUUGGCAUCCGACUUCCCAUUCUCCAAGGUGGGACAUUCACAUUGCUUGCACCGUCCAUGGCAAUGCUGUCCAUGCCAGAGUGGACUUGUCCUGCUUGGACACAGAACGCAAGCCUCGUCAAUACGUCUUCUAGUGAAUUCAUAGAAGUGUGGCAGACUAGAAUGAGAGCACUCCAGGGGUCCAUUAUGGUGGGCUCACUCUUACAGGUGUUUAUUGGUUUCUCUGGCCUCAUUGGCAUCUUCAUGCGUUUCAUUGGACCUCUCACCAUCGCCCCCACCAUCUCUCUCAUUGGACUGUCUCUUUUUGACUCCGCUGGCGCCAGUGCGGGGAACCACUGGGGAAUUUCAACCUUAACCACUGCUCUGAUCAUCGUUUUCUCACAGUACCUUCGUCACAUUCCUGUGUCUUUCCCAACAUUCAGCAAGGAUAAAAAACUCCACUCCAGACGUGUGUACAUCUUCCAGAUUCUCCCUGUUCUGCUCGGAAUCUCCUUGUCCUGGCUCCUGUGCUAUAUUUUAACAGUCGUCAGUGUACUUCCCUCUGAUCCAGGCCAGUAUGGCUACCUAGCUCGUACUGAUCUGAAAGGAGAUAUAGUGGGUAAAGCUCCUUGGGUCACGUUGCCCUAUCCAGGUCAAUGGGGGUUGCCCACUGUGAGCGUGGCAGGUGUACUUGGCAUUUUUGCUGGUGUGAUUUCAUCAAUGAUAGAGUCUGUUGGGGAUUACCAUGCGUGUGCCAGGCUAUCGGGGGCUCCGCCUCCACCGAAGCAUGCAAUCAACAGGGGGAUUGGCAUUGAGGGACUGGGGUGUCUGCUGGCUGGAGCCUGGGGCACAGGAAAUGGUACCACCUCAUACAGCGAAAAUGUGGGAGCACUUGGUAUCACUAAGGUUGGCAGUCGCACGGUGAUUUUCGCUGGGAGUAUUUUUAUGAUAGCUAUGGGUGUGUUUGGCAAAGUGGGAGCCAUAUUUGCCACCAUCCCGUCGCCUGUCAUUGGAGGGAUGUUCAUGGUUAUGUUCGGAGUCAUUUCUGCUGCAGGAAUUUCUAAUCUCCAGUAUUCAGAUUUGAACUCCUCUCGCAACAUCUUCGUGUUUGGCUUCUCCAUGUUCUCGGGUCUGGUCAUACCUAACUGGGUAAUCAAGAACCCCACAGCUAUUUCUACAGGUGUGGCUGAGGCAGACCAGGUGCUGCAAGUUCUUCUUACAACCAGCAUGUUUGUUGGAGGCUUCUUUGGAUUCUUACUAGACAACACAAUUCCAGGCACAAAGCAGGAAAGAGGCAUUCUGGCUUGGAACAAAGCUCACGAGGACAGUUCCAUCAACACACCGGAUAGUGGAGAAGUCUACGAUCUUCCUUUUGGCCUGAGCGCUUACUUGUCUUCUUUUCCGUGGAGCCGUUACCUGCCAUUCUGCCCACCUUUUGUGCCCAAAGUCCUUGAUGGAUGUGGAGAUGACAAUACCACUCGGGAACCAAAGAAGGCACUUGGACAUUCAGAGCCAUCACAAAUUAGUAUUGGAAUCGCUCUUUAAAUUGUUAACUCACAUCAGCAUCCUGUUUUUUGGAAAGAAAAAAAAAAUGUAUAUAUAUAUAGAUGCAAUGCUAUGAGAGACGCCUGAAUUUGAACUAUGAGUUCACUGUGAAAGACACUUUUUUGCUUUACUGUCUUCUUAGAUUGCAGUGACCUUUAAUGAGUUCUUCAAAUAUUAUUAAGUCAUUUAUAUAAAUAUAUAUUUAAUGUCACCAAAACAAUGAUCAGAUUACAUUAUUAGACUACUUGAGCAAAAAUGUUAAUAUAUUUUAUGAUUUAUUUGUUCAAAGAAUAGAGAAUCAUGUACAACACCAAAGUGAUGUAAAUAUGAAUAA